UAUAAAGGCCUAACUAAUGACUGUCUCUUUCAGGGUCACCACAUCCCAAAUCCUUUUCUCUGAUCAGUCUGAUUUGAUGCAGCAAAUAAAACCGUUAGUAUAUCUGUAGUUGACUCAUUUAUCUGUUGGAAAGAUGACUCAAAUUUGUUAUGAAAAACUGAAGGAAAUUUUUGCUAAUCACUGUCAUGGGGUUCCUAUGCAAAGUCUGCAGCACUGCAUGCAUCGAAUAGCUGAACGUCAUCUACUAUCACACAAUGACCUCCUUCCUCUCAGAGCAAUUCAUGAUUGUUAUCAGCCUGAAGAAUUACUACAACUUCUGGAAAAAUGGGCGUUGCUGUCUCCUUCUAAGAUUGAGAUUUUGAAGCAAUUUUAUGACAGCCUGCAAGACUAUGAUGCCAGCAUUCAUGAUUCAAUAGAGCAUUACCAACAGUCCAUCUGUAACACCAGGACUUGCCCUUGCUUGUCAUUGCCAUCUCUAUCCCAACAACAGCAAUUUUUACCCAGGCCCUCUUCAUCAAGGAAUGAAUACUCAGAUUCUCAUGUCAGGCCACAACUUCCUGAAUAUUACUCAAAGAUUGUUGAUUACCUGAGCGAGGAGCUAGGACGCCGAUGGCUGGAUGUUGGCAGACGAUUGCCUGGCAUGAGGAAUUUUGUCAGGGAUCUCCAAGACGACGCAAAACUCAACACAAAGACUAAAAUAAUCACAAUGCUGGAAGAGCUGUAUGGCAGCACUGGGUCAAGUGCCACAACCGUCCUGCUGGAAGCAUUGUCAGCUUGCCGCUUAAACCGCCUCUGCGACGAGCUUCUAUGUUUGCUCCCGUCAUGAGAUGGCUUAUUUCUAGCUUUCUUUUCAGGAGUUACUUCCGUUAUCCGCAGAUUAUCGUAUUAUUCAUGAAGUAUUUGAAUGAAAUAGGCUAGACUGUUCUUCCUAGUCUUGCAUGAAGUUUAGUUUGACUAUUACUCAAAAAGGUUUUGUUUUAUACCAAACUCUAGCAUUGCGCAACCGUUACCAUUAGUUGUCUUCUAAAGAAUCUUCUUAAUAUGGAUCUUGAUGUGGGAACAGUGCUUGGAAAUUUUAAUUUUGUCUUUUAGUUAAUAUUAAACAAACUUGGAGUAACUGGCCUUUAUAAUGGAAGGCAAACAAAUAUUGGUAAAAUCGUCAUCAAGGUAUCCAGAAAACACCUAACAAUCGUUUAUUCAGACCUUGAAUGAAGAGCACGGCAUGACUGGCAAGUAUGCACACUGGUGUUAAAAUGUCAUUCUGUACCGUGUCUGUGUGAGUCCUCCAUAUUUAUAACGUGACGACCUUGUUGUGUACGUUCCAACGUUUCCAUGUACCUCAAAUUUUCAUGAUUUGA